AUGGCCAACAUCGCCUCUAGAGGCUUGAUCCUAAACCUAGGCGCAUUCCUGUUAGAUCCUAAACCACCCGCAUCGCUGCUUGAUUUACUAUCAGGCAGCGCGAUGAUCGGCUCGUACGAGAAUUGCGAGCUCGCCAUCACCAGCGCCUAUUCCGACAAGACCCACCUAUCGUUCUUCUACAAGACGGAGAACGAGCCUAACUUCACUCGGCCGUUCACCUCAACGCGGUUCGAACUUCUUACUUGGGAGGUUGGCUCCGACGAAUCUAGCGUCUUCCACCGAAACUCCCUGAUUCUCUAUCUUGGAAUUCUCCUCAUCGAGAUUUUCAAGGAGAAGCCGAUUGAAAGAUGGCGGAGAGAAGAGGAGAGAGCCAUUGUUUCCCCUGCUACUGAGUACGUAAUCAAUCUAGAGGUCGCUCAUCGUGUUGUCAAGAAGAUGGAUAAUACGCCUUCAACAUUGGCUAUCAAGGCUCGCCUGGAUUUGGACUGGAUUCCUCAAGGGCAACCUGUCAAGCUUGAAGAUCCAGAAAUGCGCAAUGGGCUUUUAAAAAAUGUAAUUGUUCCCUUAGAGUUAGAGAUUACUAUGGCACAGAGAGGCUUCUGGAAAUCUUUGGAACUGCAGUUAAGCUUAGAGAUUGGCCACGGUUUAGUUUUAAAGAAAGUGGAUGAACAUCUCGACCACGCUGGCAGGGAGGGCAGCCGGCCCGCACUGGUUAUGACCUUGUAG